AUGUCUCCACUUCUGAGAAGCAUCUUUAAUAUCACUAAAAUUUUCAAUCAAUAUGCCUCACAUGAUUGUGAUGGGACAACACUAAGCAAGAAAGACCUGAAGAAUCUCCUUGAGAGGGAAUUUGGAGAAGUCCUUCGGAAACCACACGACCCAGAAACUGUAGACCUGGUCCUGGAACUUCAGGAUCGCGACCGUGACGGGCUAAUAGAUUUCCAUGAAUUCCUCGCGAUCGUUUUCAAAGUGGCUGCAGCUUGUUAUUACGCUCUCGGCCAGGCCUCGGGGCUAAAUGAGAAAGAAGCCAAGUGUGAGGGAAAGGGAAACCCGUUACAAGAUCGCAGGAGGGAAGACCAAAGGAGAUUCGAGCCCCAGGACAGACAACUAGAAGAACGCAGGCUGAAGAGGCAGGAACUGGAGGAGCUCGCUGAGGAAGGGGAGCUGAGGGAGAAGCAAGUAAGACGUGAGCAGAGGCUGCAAAGGCGAGAACAAGAAGAGUAUGGUGAGGAGGAAGAGCUGCAGCAAAGGCCCAAGGGUCGGGAGCCGGAGGAGCUUCUGAACCGAGAGCAAAGGUUCGAGAGGCAGGAGCAACGGGAGCGACAGCGCCUCCAGGUGGAACAGCAACAGCGGCAAAGAGGAGAGCUGCGCGAGCGCCAGGAAGAAGUGCAGCUCCAAAGGCGGGAGACUCAGGAGCUCCGGAGGGAGCGUCUGGAGGAAGAGCAGCAACUGCAAAAGCAGAAGCGCGGGCUCGAGGAGCGGCUCUUGGAGCAGGAGAGGCGGGAGCAGGAGAGGCGGGAGCAGGAGCUGCGGCGCACCGAGCAGGAAAGACGGGAGCAGCGGCUAAGGCGAGAGCAGGAGGAGGCGACUCAGGAAGAGAUCAGUGAGCGGGGCGAGAGCCGCACCUCGAGGUGUCAGUGGCAGCUAGAAAGCGAGGCCGACGCCCGUCAGCGCAAAGUCUACUCCAGGCCCCACAGGCAAGAGCAGCAGAGCCGCCGCCAGGAGCAGGAGCUGCUCGAGAGACAGCAGGAGCAGCAGAUCCGCGAGGAGGUGCGGAGCCUUCAAGAAGACCAGGAGAGGCAACGACUCAAGCAAGAGCAACGCUACGACCAAAACUGGAGGUGGCAACUAGAGGAGGAAAGCCAGAGACGCCGCUACACCCUGUACGCCAAGCCAGCUCAACGGGAGCAGGUGAGGGAGGAAGAGCAGCUGCGGCUUAAAGAGGAGCAGCUACAGCGGGAGAAGAGGCGCCAGGAACGAGAAAGGCAGUAUCGGGAAGUGGAGCUGCAGAGAGAGGAAGAGCGACUACAGCGGGAGGAGGAGCAGCUGCGGAGAGAGGAACGCGAGAAGAGGAGGCGCCAGGAGCGCGAGAAGCAAUACCUAGAGAAAGUGGAGCUGCGGGAGGAGGAGCAGCUGCAGAGAGAGGAACGCGAGAAGAGGCGCCAGGAGCGCGAGAAGCAAUACCUAGAGAAAGUGGAGCUGCGGGAGGAGGAGCAGCUGCAGAGAGAGGAACGCGAGAAGAGGCGCCAGGAGCGCGAGAAGCAAUAUCUAGAGAAAGUGGAGCUGCUGCGGGAGGAGGAGCAGCUGCAGAGAGAGGAACGCGAGAAGAGGCGCCAGGAGCGCGAGAGGCAAUAUCUAGAGAAAGUGGAGCUGCGGGAGGAGGAGCAGCUGCAGAGAGAGGAACGCGAGAAGAGGCGCCAGGAGCGCGAGAGGCAAUAUCUAGAGAAAGUGGAGCUGCGGGAGGAGGAGCAGCUGCAGAGAGAGGAACGCGAGAAGAGGCGCCAGGAGCGCGAGAGGCAGUACCUCGAGAAGGAGCUGCAGCGGCAGGAAGAGCGACUGCAGGAAGAGGAGCAGCUGCUGAGGCAGGAGCAGCUGCUGAGGGAGGAACGCGAGAAGAGGCGCCAGGAGCGCGAGAGGCAGUAUCUCGAGAAGGAGGAGCUGCAGCUGCAGGAAGAGCGACUGCAGAGACAGAAGGAGCAGCUGCAGAGAGAGGAACGCGAGAAGAGGCACCAGGAGCGCGAGAGGCAGUAUCUAGAGAAAGUGGAGCUGCAGGAAGAGGAGCAGUUGCAGAGAGAGGAACGAGAGAAAAGACGCCAGGACCGUGAGAGACAGUAUCUCGAGAAGGAGGAGCUGCAGCGGCAGGAAGAGCGACUGCAGAGAGAGAAGGAGCAGCUGCAGAGAGAGGAACGCGAGAAGAGGCGCCAGGAGCGCGAGAGGAAGUAUCUCGAGGAGGAGCUGCAGCAGGAGGAAGACCGAUUGCAAAGAGAGAAGCAGCUGCUGAGAGAGGAUCGCGAGAAGAGGCUUCAGGGGCUCGAGAGACAGUAUCUAGAGAAAGUGGAGCUGCAGCGGGAAGAGGAGCAGCUGCAGAGAGAGAAGAGGCGCCAAGAGCGGGAAAGACAAUAUCGGGAAGAGGAGCUGCUGCGGGAGGAAGAGCGACUGCACAGAAAGGAGCAGCAGCUGCAGAGAGAGGAAUGUGAGAAGAGGAGGCGCCAGGAGCUCGAGAGACAGCUAGAGGAGGAGGAGCUGCAGCGCCUGGACAGGAAGAGGCAAUUCCGGGAUGAGGAUCAGCACCAAAACGAAGUUCGUAAUAACAGGGUUUACUCCAAACACCGAGAGAACAAAGAAAAGAGCCGGCAACUGGAUGAUUCCCGGGUGCGGGAGAGUCAAUUCCAGCAGGAUCGGCGCCCCCUGCAGGAUGAACAAGAAGAGAAAAGAGAACUCGAGCAAGAGAGGAGGAGCCGGCAAAAGCGUGACAGGCAAUUCCCAGCUGAACAACUGCUGGAGCGAGAGCAGCAGAAGGAAACCGAAAGGCGAGACAGGAAAUUCCGAGAGGAAGAACAGCUGCUGAAAGGGCAAAGAGAGGAGAAAAUACUCUAUCUGGAAGAAGACAGAAAGUUCCGGGAAGAGGAACAGCAGCUGCGCCGCCUAGAACGCGAGCAACAGCUACGCCAGGAGCGAGAUAGAAAAUUCCGCGAAGAAGAACAACUGAGCCGCCAGGAACGAGACAGAAAAUUCCGUGAGGAAGAGCAGCUCCUGCAGGAAAGAGACGAACAGCUGCGUCGCCAGGAACGCGACAGAAAGUUCCGUGAGGAGGAACAGCUCCUGCAGGAAAGGGAAGAACAGCUGCGCCGCCAGGAGCGCGACAGAAAGUUCCGUGAGGAGGAACAGCUCCUGCAGGAAAGGGAAGAACAGCUGCGCCGCCAGGAGCGCGACAGAAAGUUCCGUGAGGAGGAACAGCUCCUGCAAGAAAGAGAAGAGCUGCGCCGCCAGGAGCGCGAACCACAACUUCGCCAGGAACGCGACAGAAAGUUCCGUGAGGAGGAACAGCUCCUGCAGGAAAGGGAAGAACAGCUGCGCCGCCAGGAGCGCGACAGAAAGUUCCGUGAGGAGGAACAGCUCCUGCAGGAAAGGGAAGAACAGCUGCGCCGCCAGGAGCGCGACAGAAAGUUCCGUGAGGAGGAACAGCUCCUGCAGGAAAGGGAAGAACAGCUGCGCCGCCAGGAGCGCGACAGAAAGUUCCGUGAGGAGGAACAGCUCCUGCAGGAAAGGGAAGAACAGCUGCGCCGCCAGGAGCGCGACAGAAAGUUCCGUGAGGAGGAACAGCUCCUGCAAGAAAGAGAAGAGCUGCGCCGCCAGGAGCGCGAACCACAACUUCGCCAGGAACGCGACAGAAAAAAGUUCCGUGAGGAGGAACAGCUCCUGCAAGAAAGAGAAGAGCUGCGCCGCCAGGAGCGCGAACCACAACUUCGCCAGGAACGCGACAGAAAGUUCCGUGAGGAGGAACAGCUCCUGCAGGAAAGGGAAGAACAGCUGCGCCGCCAGGAGCGCGACAGAAAAAAGUUCCGUGAGGAGGAACAGCUCCUGCAGGAAAGGGAAGAACAGCUGCGCCGCCAGGAGCGCGACAGAAAGUUCCGUGAGGAGGAACAGCUCCUGCAGGAAAGGGAAGAACAGCUGCGCCGCCAGGAGCGCGACAGAAAGUUCCGUGAGGAGGAACAGCUCCUGCAGGAAAGGGAAGAACAGCUGCGCCGCCAGGAGCGCGACAGAAAGUUCUGUGAGGAGGAACAGCUCCUGAAAGAAAGCGAAGAACAGCUGCGCCGCCAGGAACGCGACAGGAAGUUCCAUGAGAAAGAACACCUCCUGCGAGAAAGGGAGGAACAGCAGCUGCGCCGUCAGGAACUUGAGGGGGUCUUCUCCCAGGAGGAACAACUGAGGCGCGCCGAGCAAGAGGAAGAACAGCGACGUCAGAGGCAGAGAGACAGGAAAUUCCUCGAGGAAGAGCAGAGCCUCCAGCGCGAGCGAGAGGAAGAAAAGCGCCGCGUCCAGGAGCAGGACAGGAAGUUCCUCGAGCAGGAAGAGCAGCUGCACCGCGAGGAGCAGGAAGAGCUGAGGCGCCGGCAGCAGCUAGACCAGCAGUACCGGGCGGAGGAGCAGUUUGCUAGGGAGGAGAAGAGGCGUCGUCAGGAACAAGAAUUGAGGCAAGAAGAGCAGAGACGCCGCCAGGAGCGGGAGAGGAAAUUCCGGGAAGAAGAACAGCUCCGCCAGCAGCAGCAGGAGGAGCAGAAGCGUCGCCAAGAGCGCGACGUGCAGCAGAGCCGCCGCCAAGUGUGGGAGGAAGACAAGGGCCGCCGGCAGGUCCUGGAGGCUGGCAAGCGGCAGUUUGCCAGUGCCCCAGUGCGCUCCAGUCCGCUCUACGAGUACAUCCAAGAGCAGAGAUCUCAGUACCGCCCUUAA